GGCGCCGUUCGGCCGGGCCGGCCCGUCGGAAGCCGGGUAGCGGCGGCGGAGGCGGCGGAGGCGGCGCGGGAGGCGGGCGGUGCGGGAUGCGCUCCCGCCGCCGCGGGGCUGCCGGGCAGCCCCCCGGGCCCGUGCCCAGGAUGCUGGCGCUGUGCCUGCUGUCCCUGGCUUGGCUCAUUGAGGGCUCCCAGCGCAGCGAGCCCAUGUUUGCAGCCGUCACCCACCGCCUCCUCCCGCCCGACUACGACAGUAACCCCACGCAGCUCAACUAUGGCGUGGCUGUCACCGAUCUGGAUGCCGAUGGUGACUUCGAGAUCGUGGUGGCAGGGUACAAUGGCCCCAACCUGGUGCUCAAGUACGACAAGAUGCAGGGACGGCUGGUGAACGUGGCAGUGGAUGAGCGGAGCUCCCCAUACUACGCGCUGCGGGACCGGCAGGGCAACGCCAUCGGCGUGACAGCCUGCGACAUCGAUGGGGACGGCCGCGAGGAGAUCUACUUCCUCAACACCAACAAUGCCUUCUCCGGCAUGGCCACCUACACCGACAAACUCUUCAAGCUCCGCAACGGGCGCUGGGAGGACCUCCUGAGCGAUGAGGUGAACCGGGACGUGGCCAGCCGCUUCGCUGGGCGCUCCGUUGCCUGUGUGGACCGGACGGGCUCCGGCAGGUACUCCAUCUACAUCGCCAACUACGCCAGUGGCAACGUGGGCCCCCACGCCCUGAUCGAGAUGGACGUGGCUGCCAGUGACCCUGCCCGCGGUGUUGUGGUGCUGGUGGACGUGGCCGCCCAGGCUGGUGUCAGCAAAUACACAGGGGGCCGUGGGGUGGCCGUGGGCCCCAUCCUGAGUGACAGUGCCUCCGACAUAUUCUGCGGUAAUGAGAACAGCCCCAAUUUCCUCUUCCACAACCGGGGUGAUGGGACGUACCGAGAUGUGGCAGCUGCUGUGGGGCUGGAUGACCCCUACCAGCACGGACGUGGCGUGGCGCUGGCUGACUUCAACCGCGAUGGACGGGUGGACAUCGUCUACGGCAACUGGAAUGGGCCACACCGCCUCUACCUGCAGAGCGGGGCCCCUGGGCGUGUCCGAUUCCGGGACAUUGCCACCCCCAAGUUCUCCAUGCCGUCCCCUGUCCGCACUGUCAUCGCAGCUGACUUUGACAAUGACCAGGAGCUGGAGGUUUUCUUCAACAACAUCGCUUACCGUGGCUCCUCUGCCAAUCGCCUCUUCCGGCUCAUCCGCAGGGAGCACUCAGAUCCCAUCAUGGAAGAGCUGAAUCCAGGGGACGCGCUGGAGCCCGAGGGACGGGGCACGGGCGGUGCAGUGACAGAUUUUGAUGGCGAUGGGAUGCUGGACCUCAUCCUGUCCCAUGGUGAGUCCAUGGCACAGCCAAUCUCCAUCUUCAAGAGCACCCAGGGCAUCAGCAACAACUGGCUGCGCGUCAUCCCCCGCACCCGCUUCGGGGCCUUUGCACGGGGGGCCAAAGUGGUGCUGUUCACACGGCGCAGCGGGGCCCACCUGCGCAUCAUCGAUGGCGGAUCCGGGUACCUCUGCGAGAUGGAGCCUGUGGCGCACUUCGGACUGGGGCAUGACGAAGCCAGCAGCCUGGAGGUGACCUGGCCAGAUGGCCGCGUCAUCGCACGAGCGGUGGCCAGCAGUGAAACCAACUCUGUCCUGGAGGUCCCCUACCCCCUGGAUGCAGAGGAGCCGCUCAUGCCCGCUCCACUGGAGUGUGGGCAGGGAUUCUCCCAGCACGAGAAUGGACGCUGCGUAGACAUAGAUGAGUGCACAGAGUUCCCCUUCAUCUGCCCCCGGGACAAGCCCAUCUGCAUCAACACCUAUGGCGGCUACCGCUGCCGCAGCAACAAACGUUGCAGCCGGGGUUUUGAGCCCAACGAGGAUGGCACAGCUUGCGUGGCGCUGCUCCUGCCACGCCGGCGCCUCCCGGGCAGUCACUUGCUCCGUCGCCUCAAUACCGUACCGUGUGCCUGCUGGUUUGGCCUGCGACGUGUGUGCUUCGCCUGCCCCCUCCUCGGUGAUGGGGACCCCCCUCCCCAGCCCUGGCAGAGGAGGGUCUCCCCGGCCCUGCAGGGGAAGGACCCUCGUGAUCUGUUUUUUAAUGUAUUGACCCCACUGUUUGGAGUCGGACCCUCCUCAGUCUUCCGGAGAACUCCCCCAAUAAACUAUAUCCUGUCUAUUAGCCCGGCCCACUGAGCUGUGCAGGGCAGGGCUGUGCCCAUGCUUCUGCCCACCCUGC